AUGGAGGACAACACAGAGACUAAGGCCUUAGCGUGGGGAAGCAAGCGACCAGUGAUAAGUAAAGUUGUUAGAGAGAUCUCGAUACCAAGUGGGGAGAACCAGGAGCAGGUGGGAGUUGAGAAUAGACCUGAAAUUCAGGAACUAGGGGAGAGGAACCAGAGGGAGGCUGGAGGUAAGACCCUUCCUGAAACCAAGGCACACAGAAGAGAGAACCAGGAACAGUUAAGAUGCAAAAUUGAUGCAGAGACCCAAACACCAGCGUGGGAGAAUCCGGAUAGGAGUAGGAAUAAGGAUGCUGGAGAGACCCAGUCUUUUGAGAAAAACAGGAAAGAGGCCAGAGGGGAAGAUGAAGGAGAGCCCCAGGCCCAAGGAUUGAGGGAGCAGGGCCAGACUGGAAGUGAGAGUGGUGAGGAGACCCGAGUGCCGGGGUGGGGAAAACAAGACCAGAUGAGAGGUGAUACCAGUACAGAAAUUCAGGCAGAAGAGAGGAGAAAAAAGGGCCGGGUUGGAGGUGAGAAUGCUGUGCGCAUCCAGAUAUCUGGGAGGGAGAACCUGGGAGAAGUUAAAAAAGAGGAUGGCAUAGAGACCCAGGCCCUGCGGUGGGGGAAACAGGAAUGUGUUCAAAGUGAGAAUGUUACAGACGUGCGGAUAGCAGGGUGGGAACAGCAGGAUCAGGGCACAAGUGAGAAAUCUGGGAGGAUCCAAGUAUUUAGGGUAGAGAUCCAGAAAAAACUAAGACAUGAAUUUCAAGUAGGGUGGGAAAAUCAAGGCCUGAAAAGAGGUGAGGAUGCUGGGCAAACCCAGAUGUGUGGAAGGAAGAACCUCAGGGAGAUAAGAGAGGAGGAUUGGGUGGUGAUCCAGGCACAAUGGUGGGGAGACCAGAGACCGGUAACAAGUGAAAUUGACAGAAAAUUCACAAUACCAUGUCGGGAGCUUCAGGACCAGACUGGAGGUGAACAUAGAGCCAAAAUUCAAAUGCUAGAGAAGAGAGGUCAGAGAAACGACAGAGAUGACGACGGUACAAACACCCUGACACCUGAGGCAGAGAACCAGAGACAAUUAAGAGGUAUAACUCGUGUAGAGACCCAAGCACAAAGGAAGAGGAAGCAGGAGCGGUUUGGAGAUGAGACUAGUACAGACAUCCAGGACACAGGGAAGAGAAACCGGAGAGGGGUUAAAGACGAAGAUGGCAAAGAGACUCAGGAACUUGAGGACAAAAACCAGUGUCAGUUCAACAGUGACAUUAGUGGAAAGAUUCACAUGCUGGAGUGGAAGCAUCAGGAACGCAUUAGAGACAAGGAUGGUGGACAUGCCCAGGCAUCUGCGGCAGAGAAACGGGGAGAAUUAAUGAGUCAAGUUGGUGUAGAAACUCACUCAGUAGAAUGGAAGAAAGAGGAGCAGGUUGGAGGUGAGAAUGGUGCAGAAAUUCAAGCUCCAGAGAAGAGACCCCAGAGAGAACUUGGAGGUGAAGAUGGUACAGAGACCUGGGCACCUGGAGAAGAAAGUCAGAGUCACUUAAGAUGUGAUAUUGAUGAAAAGACUAAUAUAUCAGAUGGGAAGACCCAGGAGCAGCUAGUAGAUGAGAAUGAAACAGAAAUUCAGGCACCAGAGAAGAGACCCCAGAGAGAACCUGGAGGUGAGCAUGGUGUAGAGACGCAAAGACCUGAAAGAGAGGACCAGGGACAAUUAGAUGGUGAAACUGGAGAGAGCCACUCACCAGGGAGGAGUAACGGGGAGCAGACUAGAUGGAACAGGGCAGAAAAUCCAACACUGGAGAAGAAAAGCCAGAGAGAAGUUGGAAGUAAGGAUGGGAGAAAGGUCCAGAGACUUAGGGGAGGGAAACAGAGACAAUUAAAAAGUAAAGUUAAUGGGAACACCUGUUCAUCAGAGUGGAAGAACCAGGAGCAGAUUGGAGGGAGAGUUAAGAAGUGA